GCCGGCCCGGGGACGCGCGGGGCGGCCAUGGCCUCGGGGGGUCCCGCGGAGCGGCUGCGCGAGGAAGCGCGCUGCGCCGUGUGCCUGGACUUCCUGCAGGAGCCGGUGAGCGUGCUCUGCGGGCACAGCUUCUGCCGGCGCUGUAUCUCCGAGUUCUGCGCGAGGACGGCUUGCGCGCGGGACGGGCUGUUCGCUUGCCCGCAGUGUCGCGGCCCCUUCGCGCCCGACAGCUUCCGCCCCAACCGGCAGCUGGCCAGCCUGGUGGACAGCGUGCGGCGCCUGGCGCUGGGCGCGGGGCCCGCGGGGGCGCGGCUGUGCGCGCGGCACGGCGAGGAGCUCAGCGGCUUCUGCGAGGACGACGGGGCGGUUCUGUGCUGGGUGUGCGACUCCGGCCCCGAGCACCGCGGCCACCGCACGGCGCCGCUGCAGGAGGCCCUCCGGGGCUACCAGGCAAAACUCCAGAUGGCCCUAGAGCUCGUGAGGAAAGAAAUGGAGGAGGUCUUGUCUCAGGAGAUCCAUGUGGGGAAGAAAACUGUCAUUUGGAAGGAGAAGGUGGAGGUGCAGAGGCAGCGCUUCAGGUUGGAGUUUGAGAAAUCCCGCGGCUUCCUGGCCUGGGAGGAGCAGCUGCAGCUGAGGCGGCUGGAGGAAGAGGAGCGAGCCACCCUGCACAGACUUCGGGAGGGCAGGGCCUGGCUGGCUCAGCAGGGCAGGGCCCUCAAGGAGUUGGCCCAGGAGCUGGAGGAGAGGUGCCAGCGUCCCGCCGCGGCUCUGUUGGAGGGGGUGAAAGAAGUCCUGAGGAGAAGUAAGGAUGUCCUACAUCUGGACCUGGAGACCGUCCCCAUGGAGCUGAAGACAAUGUGCUGCAUCCCCGGGAUGCGGGAGAUGCUGAGGAAGUUCCAAGUUGAUGUAAAGCUGGACCCGUCCACCGCACAUCCGAGCCUCCUCCUGACCGCCGACCUGCGCAGCGUGCAGGACACAGAGCUCUGGAGGGACGUCCCCAACAAUGAGGAGAGAUUUGACACAUGGCCUUGUGUGCUGGGCUUGCAGGACUUCUCAUCGGGGAGGCAUUACUGGGAAGUCGUGGUUGGAGAAAGAGCAGAGUGGGGUCUAGGAGUCUGUCGAGACACAGUGUCAAGGAAGGGGGAAACCACUCCGUCCCCGGAGAACGGGGUCUGGGCCGUGUGGCUCCUGAAAGAGAGUGAGUACAUGGUUCUCGCCUCCCCAUCGGUGCCUCUCCACCCAGAGCGGCCUCGCCGGGUUGGGAUUUUCUUGGACUAUGAAGCAGGCGAAAUCUCCUUUUACAAUGUCACCAACGGGUCCUACAUCUACACAUUCACCCAGCUGCUCUCCGGUCUUCUCCGACCUUACUUCUUCAUCUGUGACAUAAUUCCUCUCACUCUACCACCUGUGACAGAGGCAGAGGCAGGAGAUCCAGCAUUCAGUAGUAAUCUUGUCCAUGCUGUUAACGUCAGUCCUGAAUAUUCCUAAAAUCCUCUUCCUGAGCACGCAAAGCCUGGCAAUGGUCCCGGUGGUGGAGUGGAGCCCCCGGGGACGCCUCCACUCAGAGCAGC